AACCUCCAUGCACAAGAAGCUCUCCAAAGCCCUGCCAUUCCCGCACCCAAGCAAGCCUAGGAAGAAGCUGUAGCUCCAGCUUCAGCUUCAGCUCCAGCUCAUUCACGCUUCAGCAGCAAACAAGGCCUAGAUCCUGCAAGCAAGCAGAGGAAGGAGGGGUGUUGAAGUUACCAAGAGCAAGAGCGGCGUGCAGAGGAAAGAGAGAUGGAUGGGAGCAAGUACAGAUCAAAGGGCUACGCCAUGGCCCACGCCGGCAGGAAGCUCCAUUGCGUGCUCCUGCUGCUGCUGGCCCUCGCGGCCGCCGCGCUGAGCGUCGUCGCCCUGCAAAAGGUGAGGGAGCAGCGCGGCUUUGCCGGGCUUCUCCUGGAACGCGACCGGCAGUUCGUCUCCCUCCGCAUCUCCCUCCAGAAAGAGAAGGCAUUUAACAGAGAGAUGAAGAGGAAGGUGGAAGAACUGAAAGUCACGGCAUCUUCGCUAAGAACACAGAAGGCAGACCAGAAAACCAAGCUCAAGGGACUGGAAGCCACAAUCGCAAAUCUCAGGGCCACUCAAAAAGGACUGGAGGCAGCUCUCACAGACAAAGAAGGCCGCAUCAACCAAAUGGAAGAGAAGGUCACAAAUCUCAAGAACACUAAAAAAGAACUGGAAGCAGCUCUCACGGAGAAAGAGAACCGAAUCAAACAAAUGGAAGAGAAGGCCACAAGUGUUAAGAACACUCAAAAAGAACCGGAAGCAGUUCUCAGGGAGAGAGACAGACGCAUCAGCCAAAUGGAAGAUAAGGCCACAGGUUCAAACCCUGAUCUGAUGGCAGCUCUGAUGGAAAUCCUGCAGCGAAAGGAAGCUGAACUCGAAGAGAUCAAAACCAGGUUCCAAGAUAACAAGAUAAGAGACAGAACGGGCGUGAGCAGUAAGAGCACUCCUGCGCAAAUCAACAAUGCAAGUGCAACACCUGCCAUUGCGGUAGCCGAAAAGUCUACGAACUCCAGCACGGCAAUCCCCGCCAAAUCUGAAGAAAAUAGAUCUGCCAAUACUACAGUUGUAGAGGGUAAGCAGCCGAGAGCGAGAUCUUUAGAAGAAAAGGGGGUAAAUUUCACAACUAACAUGGAAGAUGAGGGCAUACAAGGCAAGGUAAAUGACUUCGAUGAAGUUAUCGAUGAUGUUUACGGAGAAAGUCCUCCAAAAAAAUCUGGAGUUCCUAGGAGGAAGAAGAAGUUUCUGACCAACAAUCAAGUGAACAGCCAAGAAGACGAACUGGAUGGCAUCAGACAGUUAUGGAACUCCCUACAUCAGGACAGUGACCGCGUCCGAUACAAUAAGCUGCUGGAGAAGGAAAAUGCUAAAGCUGCUGAUGAAAUUAAGAAGAAGAACAAUGCUGAUGGUAACUUGGAGAAGACAACCAAAGAUAGCUUAACCGAUGCCGACCAUAAUAGACCGAAACAAGCUGUGGAAGAGAUGACGGAUGCUGCAGAUGUGAAGCACAAUAUUAACAUAUCAGUAAACAGCGAUGAGGCAAAACAACAAAACAGGAAGGAGAAAAAGAAAAGGUUUAAAUCCAAAAGGAAGAAGGUGACUGAUAUCGCAGCUACUAAUGUUUAUGGAGAAGUUGCUAAACAAAGGAUGCCGGAUGCCACAUCGAUCUCAGAAUGAAUUUUUGGACUUAGAAAAGGCUGAAGAAAAUCUAUUACAAUGUUUUUACAUUUUAUUAUCUGUUGACAAAGCAAUUUUGCAUGUAAUUUUUUUAUAGAAAUUGUAUAACAGUCGUCCAUUCUUCUUCUCAGCAAUGUAAGAUCAUCCAGCACAACCGUUUGGA